GCAAAGCGAUAGCCAUGGCAACAGAAUGGUGACGUUUCACCGAGGUCACCUGAGCGCUGCUGGCCUUUCAGAAUUCACUUCUGCUGUUGAACUUGACGAGUGUAGCUGUGUUGAAAGAGUUGAACAGUCUGAGGCCCGAUAUUGGUUGGUUAGUGGUUAGUGGAAAACUACUUGCGAAUAAGUUGUUGGCGAACCGAGUGUUAGAGUAAUACUAACGAGUGUUACGUGGAGGAGGCGUAGUCUUCCAGUGGACCCCCUGCCAUGGAGCCUUGGAGACCGUGGACCCUUGCCUGUGGACUUUGUCACGAGUUCGCUGAGCGCCCGGAGGACGAGGAGGGAGGUGUGGACGAGCUGCAGGAGGUUGAGGCCGAGCCCCCCGGCGGGGACGGUCGGCUGCAGGUUCCUUUUCCUCCUCCCUGCGAUGCUAGCUUUGCUCUUCCCUACCCUGCUCCCUAUGCUCCUCCCUACCCUGCUCCCUAUGCUCCUCCCUACCCUGUUCCCUAUGAUCUUCCCUACCCUGCUCCCUAUGCUUCUCCCUACCCUGCUCCCUAUGCUCCUCCCUACCCUGCUCCCUAUGCUCCUUCCUACCCUGUUCCCUAUUAUCUUCCCUACCCUGCUCCCUAUGCUCCUCCCUACCCUGUUCCCUAUGAUCUUCCCUACCCUGCUCCCUAUGCUCCUCCCUACCCUGUUCCCUAUGAUCUUCCCUACCCUGCUCCCUAUGCUCCUCCCUACCCUGUUCCCUAUGAUCUUCCCUACCCUGCUCCCUUUGCUCCUCCCUAUGCUGCACCCUAUGCUUACACUUUUGCUGACCCUCAUGCUGGCUGUGAUUUUCUUCUUGCUGACCCUCAUACUAGCAGUGAUUUUCUUCACGCUCACCCUCACUAUCUUCCUGCUGUCUUUCACGCUGACCUCUUUAAUGAUGAUGGUGACAAUGAUGAUGCUGAUGAUAGUGAUGAUGAUGAUGAUAGGAACAAUGAAAUUGACCGUAUGCUUGAAAGGUACAGGUUAGGGCUACCCGAUGAGGAGGAGGGCUUUGAUGGCGAGGGUGAGUUACCAUUUCUGGUCCCUUUGCUGGACAUUGAAGACCUUGGGCCAGCAGUGCCCCCAGAAGAUUCUUCUGAUGAGCUCCUGGAUGUAGAAGUCCUUGAAUCUCCUUCAACUUCUGUCCUCGACUUCUCCGCUAAACGACCCAGGGAAGAGAGCGACGGGGAGGAGUCUGCUGCGAAGAGGGGGCGGUUGUCCGAAGACAGCGACUCGGAUUGACAAUCCUCCGGGAAGCUUUGGAGCAACCACUGACUCCACUUGCAGCAGGAACAGUGGUUGCCAUGGUAGUCUUUGAGUCUGGCAGGGCUAGUGUCCCCCAUGUAGCGUCUUGCACUGGGGCUUUUCUGUAGUACUUCUUCAUCUUUGCACGGUGGAUCGAUCAACUUCUUUCAUCCUGAGGGCCGGCCUUUGGGACUGGCAGAGGCGUUGACACCCCGAGCAAGUAGCCUUUGCAUCUGGCAGGGCUGAAGAAGACAAAAAUGCUUUCAUACACACGAUCCCUGCCCCCCCUCCCCGCAUUCCUUUACAGGUCAAGAGUGAAGAUAUCAGUGAAAACUGAUGACAAUAAUGACAACAGGGUAAGUUGAACUUGUGACGUUAGAAAGGCCUUUACAGGUCAAGAGUGAAGAUAUCAGUGUAAACUGAUGACAACAGAGUAAGUUGAACUCGCAAGGUCAGAAAGGCCUUUCUAUGGCCAAAAAUAUAGGAGAUACAGUUCAUAAUAUUUAACAAUUACAUGCCAUACAGAUGUGUUUUUCCCAUUUUUUUCCCCCAUGUGAAAAAGUAAGUACCAGUGUCUGUUUUGUUGGAACAGUGACCUAUAACAUGAAUACAAAGUAAUAUUAUUUAAUAUAAACUAAAUCUAAAUUUUUGCCAUUUAUUUGUUCACAUUUUUUAUUAUGUCAUGCAAAGAUAAUCUUUCUCAGUCUGCAGCAUCACAAGACGCGCUCUGACGUCCACACAGGGAGCAGCAAAGGAGGAAGAGCCAGACUCUGUGUUCCUGCCGGACAUCCAGAGACUCAACUUCCUGGACUAUAUCCAUGGUGACCAUGAGGAGAAAAGACUAUCGCUCACUCCCGACCAGAUGCGAAGGAUGGCUGACCAGAGGACCAGCUGGAGGGCCGUGGGCACGGUUCACUGGAGGCAGCACUCCUGUUGUGUCCUUUGGAAAUCCUGGUGCUCCUGAGGGUGGAUGUGAAGAGAAGCGCCCAGAGCCGUCCACUCAGCACAUUUCUCUACCUCACUGCUAAGUGGAAUCAUUCAAUAAACCACUUGAGACAUCUUAUGGAACACUUUUUU